AGUGACGUCAUCACCGCGCCGCCGCCACCGCAGCAGCUGACGCCGGGCCACGCUUCUCAAUGUCACAUGUCCCGAUCAUCGUAACUUACUUUUAAAUUUCCCUCCUAAUUGUUAUUAUUACUGGCUUAAGUUACCGUAAACUCUGGUGUACGCUGCGUUGGACAUCUUCAAGGAUGUUCGCCUUUCGGCGUUUGAUCUCCGCGCAGCUGGAGCGUGCGCGUGCCGGCCUGCUGCGGCGAGCGAGCUCGGCUGGCUCCGAGGGCGAAGUGCGCAUUUCCAGCGUCCUCCAGGAGAAGUUCCCCAACGCCAAGCAGGUCCGCGUGGUUGACGUCUCUGGUGGCUGUGGGGCCAUGUACGAAGUGCACGUGGAGUCGGAGGAGUUCCGAGGAAAGCGCGUGGUGAUGCAGCAUCACAUGAUCAACCAGGCACUGAAAGAUGAGAUCAAGGGAAUGCACGGACUGCGAAUAUUUACAACAGUUCCAGAAGAUAAAUAAUUGGGAGUCUUAAGCCUCUGUUAGCAGGCAUUUGUUCGUAUAUAUACACGUGUGUGUUGCUGCCAUUUUGCCCAUUUGGAAUGUUUGGGAAUUUGUACAAGCUCACAUACAUAAAAAACACAGACAAAAUGAAAGCGUUUUAGUUGAUUGCUGAAAGAUCUGGGUUGUCACAGUCGUGUUCUAAAUAGGCAGCUUGAGUUCUCACAUUACUAUCCCAAACGGGAAACUUAUUACCUCCGAUCGGUGCAUAGGGAUAGGAUUAUAGUUGCAAUCCUGAGUGUCCGAAUUUAGGAAGAGGAUUUUGUUAACAUAGAUAUGUGACUUUAAAGGGACUCACGAUUGCAGCUUAAAGUGGUUUUGUUAAUUCCUUCAUUUUCAAACCGCACAUUUUGGCAGCAUCAAUAGAUAUAUGCAGUUGCGUACUUAUGCAUAAAUGUUACACUUAUUUACUGUUAUCUGCCGUUUCUCAGAAUAAUACUACGAAAUUACCACCCAUAGUUUAUUAAUGUGGCCAAGGAUUUGCAUACUGUAAGAGCAAAUUAUUAUAGGAAACGGACAGAACAUUUUCACCCAUAGUAUACGCAUCUAAAGUCAUCUGUAGAAUGGCAGAAAUGUUACUAUUACAUGGCAAUCUCUUUUUCUAACCAUUCUCCAUAAUAGUGCAAAUAUACGCGAGCCUAAUUGUUACAGCAGCUUCAAAGGACUGCACGUGCACGUCUUGCAAACAUAUAUCUUUAGAAUUCUCUAGUUGGCUUUAUGUAGAUGUUAUGCUUUUGUACAUUUUACAAGCAAAACAUUUCUCCAGUUAUAGUGUUAUUGCUGGGCACAUCAAGAAAAGGGGAAGAUGUUUUCAAAUUGAGGUUGUAGGCAGGGCUGGUCUGCCUGUAGAAUCACUGUGUUUGUUUUGUUGUGGGUAUGCCUCCUAAGAAAUUGGAAAUGCCAAUCUCAGAGGUUAAUGUCGCCACUACAUCAAGCCUGCAGCACGAAACUGCAUUGCAAGCAAAGCCAAUAUCGCCCUCGAUAGGAACACAUUUUUCCCGUGCGUUUCAUCCAUAUGGAGCAGCAUCUAUACAUUUGCUUUUGUCUGGUUAUUAAUCCAUAGCAACACAACAUUGCUUUCAACUAAUUGCAUGUUUCAAUAAAGGAAUGAAUUGCGCACCUACCCGUACAUUUCUGCAUCCCCUUCACUAGAGAUUUUUUUUGGUUUUUUUGCAGAAUUUUUUUUAAUUCAGAUUUGUAUCACUUAAUCCAGUAUUGCGCUGUGCAUCAGUAACUUAAGUUGAUUUUCCUUCAUGGAGAGGUGGUUCAGUCAGGGCAGAUGCACACGACCACAAUUUAAGCCGUACAGAUUAAGUUUCGGUAACAAAUUGAGAUUGGCAAACAGUUCUUUGAAUAUGCAAGGUGUAUGGAGAAUCUCUGAAGUUUCUUGGAAACCGAGUCUAUGUUGAAAUGUGCCCAAUAAUGUAAAUCGUAAAAUAAACGUUGGCCAAAUGGCAACAAUGUUUUAACAUGGUCAAAAUGAAAGCCUGCAUAUUCCCCUUAAGCGGCACACAUACUUUUUAGAAACUGCCAAUUUUUAUAUUUACAUAUAGAAUGCCAAUUACUGCAAUUCCAAUGCUGCAGUCUUCCUACUGUUGGGAAUAUAUAAUGUGUCAUUAAGUGAUUCAAAUGAGAGUAUCUGUAAUUUCCCAUUCAUGCCACCUUUUCAUUAUCCUGCUUCAUGUCAUAAUGUGUGGAAUUAUUCGUAACUUAUUUGAAGGCUAGAUUUUGGGAACAGCAACAAUGGUUUUGGAUUUUGGUUUUCUGAUUGCAAAGCUUGUUUUUCUGUAACAUCUGUAUGAAAUAACACAUUUUUAUAAGCAUUAGAUUGCCCAUUUAAUAAACCCCAUUUAAGACAUUAAGAAUAACAAGUCUUGUAAGCUGAUGUAUGCACUAAUGUAAUAGAGCAGAUAAUGUUGAUGCUACGGUAUAUAAGAGAUAUAUUUAAAUCUUGACUUAAAGCGUUCGUGACUGCAGGAAUUAAUUAUAUUUGGGUCUUUCGGUAAAGUCACGUAGAUAAAAAAAUAAUAAUCACGACGUUUCGAUCGCAACACAAGCAAUCGUCUUCAGGUGAAAACAAUCAGCGUCGUGAUUUUUUUAUCUAUCUACGUGACUUUACCGAAAGACCCAAAGAGUAUAGAUAUAUUUAACAUUAAAAUAAACAGUCUGGCUGUGAAACGCACAAACGUAGAAUCGCGAGUUGGUUAACAAAUGUUUGCACUGCUGUAUCAUUUGCUGUAAACCGAAGUGUCAAGACUUGCAAUUGUGUAUCGAUGUAAGUUAUAAAAUGCUUGACUGAAAUUAACUUCAUUCACAUUCUUGCUUCUGCAAAAUGUUUGUUGUCAUCGGUAAGAAGUUUAAAGGUCGGAAAGCCAUCCGUGUAUUGUAGCAAUGUAUGAAUUAGAAAUCGAAUCUGCGUCAAUUGCUAAGAUUUUAAAGAGCGAUUCAAUUCACGUGUUACACUUGGAUACGAGAUGUUUACCGCUUUGACUAAAUUAGACAAUGUGAAUGUUUGCAGCGCGUUUGAAUUGCUGGCACAGGUAAAAAAGAAAACAUGUUUGCCUUAUUUGUGACUUGCUGUGAUUUGAACUGUGGUCAGGGAGUUGUAAAAUUGGUUGAAUGUUGAAUUAAUAUAAGUAAAUAAAUGGACGUGACAUUGCA